UUAUUUUGUAAUUUUUUUUUUCUACUUGAUAACUAGAUCUAGGUAUUAAUAUGAUGACUUAGGAUUUAUUUUUUAAACAAAUAUACCUACUAAACUGUUGGAUCUGACUAUUGAAAAAAAAACAUUACGUUGGUAUUUUGUUACUACACCGUAUCGUAGUAGGUGCCUAUUUGGUUUUGUACGUUUGAGGGAAAACGAACGCGGCUCAUCAUGUCAAAAUCGCCGUGUAGUACAAACAACAAUGUCAACAUUUGUGUUCUAGUGUCGGUGAAGGAUCCGAAACAAAAGCUGGUGUUGCUCGACAAGGAACCGUUGGUUUUAGGCCGAACGCCACAGACCGGAAUACUGGACAGAAGGUUGUCGAAAAAUCAAGUGAAAUUCGAAGCGGACUAUUCGAUGGGACGAGUAGUGGUCGAACAGUUGGGAAACAACAAGUCUGCCGUCAACGAAGAGUCCAUGUUGAAAGGAGAGAAGAGACUCAUCAGUCAUGGCGAUAAAGUGUCGCUGUUGUUCAACAGCGAUUACUGCUAUCAGCUGGAAUUUAUUCCGCCGCCGAAUUACGGCCUUUUCGAUGCCAAGAAGAGAAUAUCCGAAUAUUCCGAAAACUCGAUCUCUCCCAAAAAAAGAAGAACGGCCGCCGCCACCGAAAAAUGGGAAACCAGAGACGGCACGUUGCUAGUGUACAACAGCGACGACUUGGUUCAUAAAUCUAAAGUCGCGGCAUUCGACUUGGACGGAACAAUUAUCGUAACGCAGUCCGGUAAAGUUUUCCCUACCGAUUGCACGGACUGGAAAAUAAACUUUCCCGAAGUCACCAAAACUAUAAGACAACUGGCCGACGACGGCUAUAAAAUUGUGAUAUUCACCAAUCAGGGCGGCAUCGGCACGCUGAAAGUAAAUGAAAAAAUGUUCAGGACUAAAGUGGAAAACAUUGUCGACGUGAUUAAAACACCGGUCCAAGUGUUUGUAUCGACGACCAGUGAUAUAUUUAGGAAACCCACGACCGGCAUGUGGAACAUUUUUGUUUCCGAAUUUAACGGAGAAAUACCAAUCGAUAUGCAAGCAAGCUUCUAUUGCGGAGACGCAGCUGGACGACCGGCUCGAGUGGUAAACAAUAAACAUACGAAAAAGGACCAUUCGUGUUGCGAUCGUUUGUUUGCCAUGAACGUCGGCCUUAAGUUUUACACGCCCGAAGAGUAUUUUUGGAAAAGAUCGGCCGAACAGUACGACAUGCCUCUUUUCAACCCCAAAGACAUAAUGGCCAACGUGAAGUACUCGGAUAAGCAGCAUAAAUUUUUUAGCACUCAUAAAGAGAUAAUUCUAAUGGUCGGCUGUCCCGGCUCGGGUAAGAGUUACUUUGCUUCCAACACGCUGGCGACCCACGACUGUGUGAAAAUAAUUAACCGAGACACGUUGGGUUCGUGGCAGAAGUGUCUCAACGACGCCAGGAAGAGUCUGGAAAUCAGUAAUUUGAGUGUUGUCAUCGACAAUACCAAUCCCGACAGGGAAUCGCGCAAACGUUUCAUAGAUCUGGCCAAAAGUCUGGACAUACCGUGUCGGGUAUUCGAAAUGAACACCUCCAAAGAACACGCCAAACACAAUAACAAGUUCCGAGAGUUGACCGACAAGAAACAUCAAAAAGUAUCGGACGUCGUAAUAAAUAUGUAUUUUGCGAAAUACGAAGCGCCGUCCAAAGAAGAGGGCGUUAAAGAAAUAGUCAAAAUUAAUUUCGUUCCUCAUUUCAAAAACCCAGAGCACGAAAAAUUGUACAAAAUGUAUUUACUGUGAUAAAAUAUGUAACGUGUGUUAGUAUAUUUUUAUUUGAAAAUUGUAUUAUUAU